AUGGCAUUAAAGUGGUUACUUGGUGCCCUGCGCUGGAGAAGAUCGCUGCUGCUGCUGCUGCUUCUGGGGCCCCGGCCAGGCCCCGGUCAGGAGGCAGACGGCACGGUCCGGCUGCCGGGAGGGACGUUCCGGAUGGGGACCGAUUCCCCGGACGGCAGAGACGGCGAGGGGCCCUCCCGGACGGUGACCGUUCGGCCUUUUGCCGUCGACAGAUUCCCCGUGACCAACCGAGAUUUCCGGGAAUUUGUCCGGGAGAAGAAGUACCAGACAGAGGCCGAGACCUUCGGGUGGAGUUUCGUCUUUGAGGACUUCGUGGCCCCUGAACUGAAGGAGAAAGUGAAGGAGAAACUGGAGUCGGCACCGUGGUGGCUUCCCGUCGAGAGGGCGUUUUGGAGGCAGCCCGCAGGCCCCGGGUCCGGCAUCAAGGAGCGCCUGGACCACCCCGUGCUGCACGUGAGCUGGAAUGACGCACGUGCCUUCUGCGCCUGGCGGGGGAAGCGGCUCCCCAGUGAGGAGGAGUGGGAGUUUGCCGCCCGCGGCGGGCUGUCGGGCCGGAUGUACCCCUGGGGUGACGACUUCCAGCCGAACCGCUCCAACCUGUGGCAGGGUGGCUUCCCCAAGACGGACGUGGCUGAAGACGGUUUCCACGGAGCCUCCCCCGUGGGUGCCUUCCCAGCUCAGAAUAGCUUCGGACUCUAUGACUUGAUGGGCAACGUGUGGGAGUGGACCGCGUCCGAGUACCGCAGCCCCCGGCCCGGGCCCGCCGGCAUGAGGGUCCUCCGUGGCGCUUCCUGGAUCGACACGGCCGACGGCUCGGCCAACCACCGCGCGCGGGUCACCACCCGGAUGGGGAACACGCCGGACUCGGCUUCCGAUAACCUGGGGUUCCGGUGUGCGGCCUCCCCGGCCCGCGGGGAACUGUGAGGAGUCGGAGGAGCCAGCCAGCGGCCGCCGGAUUCUACCCGACUGGGUGAAGGGGCGUCGGGGCCGGGGACAGAAGCGGGAGCAGUCUGGGGCAAGGGCUCUUUGCUGCCCACAGACCACCAGGAUCUGUCAGGACCGGCAGAGACUUCCCUGGAGACCAGGAGCUGGAGGGGGGGGGGGAGAGGGAAUAGGAAAGGUCUGUUGGACUCUUUCCCUGUAGCCCCUGCCAGAUUCUCCUCCAGACCGCCCUGUUGGGCGGGAUUUCCUGCGGGGGUCAGAGGAGGGGCCCAGGUGGGCCUCCUCAGGUAAAGCGGUUGUAUCGGGCCCCCAGGACAAUAAAGAGCAAUGGCUGGACCCAA